AUGCUCAGUGUUCCUGUCACGUGACUCAUGUCAUGGCCGCCUCCAUGGCUCGGGGCGGCGUGAAUGCCGGGUUUUUGCUCCGGGCGGCCAGAGGCUCCAGGUGGAGCUGGUCCGGGGAAACGGCGACCCCGGAGACAAUCAGGAAACUGAGGACUGCAGGCUCUGCAACCGCUGGGGAGGCGGCCGGAGGCCCUGAGCGGCCUGGGGACGUGGUGAACGUGGUGUUCAUAGAUCGGUCAGGACAACGGAUCCCGGUGAGCGGUAGAGUCGGGGACAAUGUUCUGCACCUGGCCCAGCGCCACGGGGUGGACCUGGAAGGGGCCUGCGAAGCCUCCCUGGCCUGUUCCACCUGCCAUGUGUACGUGAGCGCGGCCCACCUGGACCUUCUGCCCCCGCCUGAGGAGAGGGAGGACGACAUGCUGGACAUGGCGCCUCUGCUCCAGGAGAACUCACGGCUGGGCUGCCAGAUCGUCCUGACUCGCGAGCUGGACGGCGCGGAGUUCACACUGCCCAAGAUCACCCGAAACUUCUACGUGGACGGCCACGUGCCCAAACCCCACUGACGUCACCCCCACGGCCCUGGGACUUGCCGGGAGAGCCACGGGGGGGGGGGGGGGAGGGCGGGACGGGCUCAGGUGGGGACCUGGAGCGGCCCCUCCCGGGUGGGGGACAGGGCCCGGCCUGGGCGCCUCAGCCCCGACCCCAGCCUCUGAGAGCAGGGGCGUGCGCAACGGCGUGGGCUCAAAUUGAGCCGCAAUAAAAACUGUCACGGAUG